AUGAGGCACCCUCCAGUUCUUGUUCCACACCGAGAAAUUCACAUGUCCAAGCAUCCCUCAGUUACUAGCGUUGUCUUCCAGCAACUGGUCAAUGACUAUGGUGCAAAAGACUUUGAAUACUGCUUGGGAGAGUAUAUUGCAAAGGCACAGGCACCAGAGCAAGCUUUCACCUCAGCAUCUCUUCAUGCCGCUACACAGCAUGUGCUCACUUUUGUCCCUUUUUACAAGGUUGCAGUAUACCAUCACAUUAAAUUCACUGAAUAUGAUCCUUACAGCAUCACAAAAGGUCCUGAGUUUGUUGUGGAUACUAUUCAAGCAGAGCCUAAUCGGAAAGACAAGUAUGGUCGACCAAUACCAGGGCGAUUUGACACAGCACUUAUCAAAGUUAAUGGUGGAGAAGCUAAUGGUGUAAAGGUUGGUCAGAUUAGAUGCAUCUUUACACUCCCAAAGGCAGGACUGCAGGAAUGGUUUCCGGAAACAAGCAUACAACCAGCCAAAUACCUAGCAUAUGUUGAAUGGUUCACACCAUUCAAACAAGGGCCUGAGCUAAAUCAUCUCAUGUACAAGGUGACCCAUGCAUUCCAUCCAGGUGAACAUGUGCGGCUGGCUAGUGUCAUUCCUGUGGAAACAAUCUGCCGUAGUGUUCAUCUCUAUCCACGAUUUGGAUUACAUGCACCAUUGGAGUGGAAGUCAAGUAAUGUACUACAGCUUUGUGAUACAUUUUUUGUCAAUGAUUUCCUUGAUCGCGCUACAUAUGCUACUGUAUAUUAG